AUGAACCGUGGCACGAGCAUCAGAGGCUGGCUGAAUUCGAGCGGUUCGAUCGAUCAGCCGGCGUCGCUUCCGCUUUGUUUCGCGCCGAUUAAAAGCGUCACCCUCUUCGCCGGUCCCUCCGGCGGACUUGCUUUUGCAUCGACACCGUCCACAGGACCUGCGAGCGUAGCAGGAUCGACCAAUGUUCCUGACACGCUCCAACCGGUGAUUGCGAUUCACACGCCGCGAUUCGACCGGGAGAUCGAACCGAAAGCCUCCGCGGAUUCGUUUGGUUUGCCGUGA